AUGUUGUUUCCCGCUGCCGUGUUUCUUGCCGCCCUUUUCCUGGGCCAGGGCAGCGCCCAGGACGGCCCAGCUUCUCCUUGCGCGGCUGGUUGCAUCGACGGUGUUUUCUUGAAUGCGGCCGACCUCGGAUGUGCUCUAGGAGAUAAACUGUGUGUCUGCGGCCAGACUACCGCUUACGUUGACGGCAUCCGAGACUGUAUCAACCAGGCGUGUCCGCAAGAGGCAGCCGCCCAGAUUCCGAUUGCUGAGGGAGUCGGUGCUCAGCAAUGUGCCGCCGCAUCCCAGGCAGCUGGAAUUCUACCAGCCCCUACCCCUACUACACCUCCCGCUACGCCGGAAGCUCCGACUGCCACACCCGAGCCUACGUCUUCGGCUACGGUUGCAGAGACAGCAACGGCCACACCCGAGCCGAGUCCUCCAAGCGCUGUCUCGUCAUCUGAGACAGCAUCCUCUGAAGCCUUGAGUGCUGCGAGUGUGGAACCAAGUGCUUCUAGUUCGACUUCGGUGGCCGUUGAACCCACUCUCACCUCUUCGUCGACGCCCUCUCUCACUGCUACCGGGUCUAGUUCGGCCACGCAGGGCGGAGCUACAUCGUCUACAGAGCAGCCUAACGUGGUCUCGUCCGCCAGCGAGGAGGGCCUCAGCGUUGCUGCGAAAGCCGGUAUUGGCGCUGGUGUCGGUGUCGUGGUAGUCUUUGCCGCUCUCUUCUUGCUCUUUAUCUGGUUAAGCCGCAGGAAGAAGAGGGCGACCGCGGACGUUCCGUCGUUGCAGAUCUCGGAACCUCUUCCUGGAUCCGGACGACAGUACGCGGAUAAUCCCCGCCGAGCUGAGGCAACCCUUUCGACGAAUUUUACGCCGUCGCCGCAGUCGAGCGAAAGCGGCCGGUCAAAACGAUCGCCCCAGCGAGCGUAUACGCCGUCGGUCGGCUCUUACUCUUCUGAACUGGAUGCGAAUUUCCAUGUCGCACAAUUACCCGCCGUGAGCCGGCCGGACACGAGUGUUGGUGAUUACGGCUGGACAAUAGGUGGAAACCCCGAGAUGUAG